CCACGGUGGUAAUGGAAGCAGCCACAGUAGCUUUGUUUGAUAGAGAUUUUUGGCUGCCGCUUUUAAACACCACCUAAGAAGCAGCUCAUAUUUCAUCAAUGUUGCAUUGACAAUUCGAAAAGAAGAGUGUUAUUGUGUAUAGGCGAGAUGGCAGAAGCAACUCCCCCGAGAGGCAAGAUGAGGUUCAGAAGGAAUGCGGCUUCCUUCCCUGGGAACUUGCACUUGGUGUUGGUUCUUCGUCCUACCAGUUUUCUGCAACGAACUUUCACAGAUAUUGGAUUUCGAUUUAGUCAGGAAGAUUUCAUGCUCAAACUACCGGUGGUUAUGCUGAGCUCAGUUAGUGAUUUGCUGACAUACAUUGAUGACAAGCAGUUAACCCCCGAGUUAGGCGGCACCUUGCAGUACUGCCACAGUGAAUGGAUCAUCUUCAGAAAUGCUAUAGAAAAUUUUGCCCUCACAGUGAAAGACAUGGCUCAGAUGUUACAGUCCUUUGGAACUGAACUGGCUGAGACAGAACUACCAGAUGAUAUUCCUUCAAUAGAAGAAAUUCUGGCAAUUCGUUCUGAAAGGUACCACCUGUUAAAGAAUGAUAUUACAGCUGUAACCAAAGAAGGAAAAAUUCUGCUAACAAAUCUGGAAGUGCCUGACACCGGAGAUGCUGUCAGUUCAAGACUUGAACAUCAUCAGCAAAUUAGCGGUGACUGGCAAACGAUUAAUAAAUUGCUGACUCAAGUACAUGACAUGGAAAUAGCUUUUGAUGGAUUUUGGGAAAAACACCAACUAAAAAUGGAGCAAUAUCUGCAACUCUGGAAGUUUGAGCAAGAUUUUCAAGAGCUCGUGAGUGAAGUUGAACUUCUCUUAAAUCAACAAGCAGAGUUGGCAGACGUAACAGGGAAUAUAGCUCAAGUGAAACAAAAAAUUAAAAAGUUGGAAAGCUUAGAUGAAAAUUCUCAGGAUCUGUUGGCAAAGACCCGGUUCGUGAUAUUACACGGACACAGACUUGCAGCAAGUCACCACUAUGCCCUGGAUUUGAUCUGCCAGAGGUGCAAUGAGCUACGUUACCUUUCCGAUAUUUUGGUGAAUGAGAUCAAAGCCAAACGGAUACAGCUCAGCAGGACCUUCAAAAUGCAUAAACUCCUACAGCAGGCUCGCCAGUGCUGUGAUGAAGGAGAGUGCCUUCUCGCUAAUCAAGAAAUAGAAAAGUUUCAGUCUAAAGAAGAUGCUCAGAAAGCCCUCCAGGACAUUGAAAAUUUUCUUGAGAUGGCUGUACCCUUUAUAAAUUAUGAUCCUGAAACCCUACAAUAUGAAUUUGACGUAAUUUUAUCUCCUGAACUCAAGGUUCAGAUGCAGACUGUACAACUCAAGCUUGAAAACAUUCGAAGUAUAUUUGAGAACCAACAAGCCGGCUUCAGAAGCCUGACAGAUAAGCAUGUGAGGCCAAUCCCAUUUGUAGUACCUGCUUCUGACAAUUUGAUCGGAUCUAGACCACCAUAUUUUUCAUCUAAACAAGUGGGAGUUGGAUACUCUUUCUUUCAAGCAUGUAAACUUUUUUCAAAAGGGAAGAAGACUUGGAGACAAAAUCAGAGCAACUUAAAAAUUGAAGUGGUGCAUGAUUGUCGGGAGAAGAGAAGUUCUGCUCAGUCCUCCAGUUUGGACAAUGACAAUAGCUUGGAUGUUUUAAAGAACCACGUCCUAAAUGAGCUGAUACAGACAGAGAGGGUGUAUGUUCGGGAACUGUUUACGGUUUUGUUGGGCUACAGAGCGGAGAUGGAUAAUCCAGAGAUGUUUGAUCUUAUGCCACCUCUCCUGAGAAAUAAAAAGGAUGUUCUCUUUGGAAAUAUGGCAGAAAUAUAUGAAUUCCAUAACAACAUUUUCAUGAGCAGUCUGGAAAAUUGCAUUGAUGCUCCAGAACGUGUGGGACCUUGUUUCCUGGAGAGGAAAGAUGAUUUUCAAAUGUAUGCAAAAUAUUGUCAGAAUAAGCCCAGAUCAGAGACAAUUUGGAAGAAGUAUUCAGAAUGCGCCUUUUUCCAGGAAUGUCAAAGAAAGUUAAAACACAGACUUGGUCUGGACUCCUAUUUAUUGAAACCAGUGCAACGCAUCACUAAAUAUCAGUUACUGUUGAAGGAGCUAUUAAAAUAUAGCAAAGACUGCGAAGGAUCUGUACAGUUAAAGGAGGCACUUGACACGAUGCUGGAUUUACUGAAGUCAGUCAAUGACUCUAUGCAUCAGAUCGCAAUCAAUGGCUAUAUUGGAAACUUAAAUGAGCUGGGCAAGAUGAUAACGCAGGGGGCAUUCAGCGUCUGGACUGGACACAAGAAAGGUGCUACGAAAAUGAAGGAUUUUGCUAGAUUCAAACCAAUGCAGCGGCACCUUUUCUUGUAUGAAAAAGCCAUUGUUUUUUGUAAAAGGCGUGUUGAAAGCGGAGAAGGCUCUGACAAAUACCCGUCAUACAGUUUUAAGCACUGUUUGAAAAUGGAUGAAGUUGGAAUCACCGAGUACGUAAAAGGAGAUAACCGCAAAUUUGAAAUCUGGUAUGCUGGGAAGGAAGAAGUUUAUAUUGUCCAGGCUGCAAAUGUUGAUGUGAAGAUGACAUGGUUAAAAGAAAUCAGAAGUAUUUUGUUGAAGCAACAGGAACUCAUGACAGUUAAAAAACGAGAACAGCAUAAUCAGUUAACAGAACAGAACCAUCUUUCUUCUCAGCGGAAUGAUGAAAGGCAACGGGGAGCUUUUGUAGGCACUGAGGAAACUGACCUGGAACACACCAGCGCUAUGGUAGAGGUCGGUGAGGCCAUCGCAUCAGUUCGGGCAGAAGCAAAUACAGUUUGGACAGAGAUGUCAUCACCUACAGAAAUCUCUGAUGAGCCUGACGAAUGGCCAAGUAACUAUUUCUACUCUUCUUAUGAUGACAAUGAAGAAGAAGAAAGGCCUCUCAUGUCUCCAGGCAAAUAUAAAGCCCUAGCAGAUUGCAGGAAGAGAGGCUCAGAAGACCUCCUGUUUAGAAAUGGAGAUGUCAUUCAGCUUCUCCAUGAGGAUGCUGAGGGCCAAUGGUUGGUGAAAAAUCUAAACAGAAGAAAAGAAGGUCUGAUUCCAGGGAACAGUUUGCAGAUUUUAAUCGGUGACUAUAGGUUUCGGAAUGCCAAAGUUACAGGUAUAAUAUGAACUGACUGUAUGCUACUUGUUUAAAGGCUAAAAUUUUUAAAGCUCCACCAAAUAUGUAAUUGGCAUAGGAUAAGAACCUCUCUGCACUUAGAAAUAAAGCUGCAAGCAUAUUAUGUUGGCUAGGAUUUAAUUUUUUCUUUAAUAGUUUCAAAUUAGUGAAUAGAGAUGUUUUAAAGAUGUUAAACUUUUCCCUACAAGGUUUGUAGGUUUGAAAGAAAGUUUCAUAUACAGUGGUGUCUUGUAAGAGAUCCUUCAGAACUAAAUACUGAUGAUAUGUUUUUAAGGAAUCAGCCUUACUGUCCAAGAAUGCUUUACUAGUGUGUUUUUACUCAGUUCUAAGAGCAUGUUACUUACCUAUGGUAGGUUUCUGCUACACAUACACACGCGCACACACACAAACACACACACACACAUUCAGUGCCUGUGCCCAAGACUUAAUGUGUUGAAGACACUGUAAAGCAAUGAGAAUAUUCCUUUCUAUUAACCCAACCAUUAGUACAUGAAAUUUCUGUAUAGAAACAGUAUUCUCAUAAAUUUUUCCCCUAAGUGAUACUGAGCUCUCUAUAAAAAGGCAGCACACACACACACACAACACCAGAUUUGUUUGUAAACAAGAUGAUUAUUAUUAUAUGUACAUAUUUCCUUUGAAUUCCUAGUUUCGGACUUGUAUUUGAAUUCUAGGUUAUGUUACCCUAUGUUUAAAUGAAUCUAAUAGACCAGGAAUACCCUAUUUGGUUCCAAAUUUCAUUUAUGACAGGAAACAAAAUCUAAGGGUGAUAGGGCUUGAUACAAAUAUUGAGUCACUAGGAAUCCCCCAAAUAGGGUCACUUCUUGUUUAUUUUUGGGGUUCUCUAAAUCUGGGUCAUCUUUCAAAGGUUUUUUGGAUAAUUAUUGAAUUACUGAAUUAUUUAGAUAGUAAUGAGAAGAUACUGAUAGACCAGCAACCUGAAGUAGCUGACAUUUAUUCAAAAUCUAGACCCGACAACGGCACAGUACACCAGUAUUUUUAAGUGUACAUGGAACAUUCAGCAAGGUAGGUCGUAUGCUGGGUGGUCACACAAUAAAUCUCAAUAAAUUUCAGAAGAUAGGAAUCAUACAAAGUCUCAAAAGAUAUAUUAGAAAUUGAUAAUCUCUAAAUAUUUGGGUAUUAAAUGAUACAACGUCUAAAUAACACAUAGGGCAAAGAAGAA